UCACCGUCUUAAAACAAAGACGAAAGAGAAGGAGGCUCCAGACCGUUAGCUAGCUGUCAGUAUUGCUCGUCUUUCUGCAUCUUCCACGUUAAUAAACCGUUUCCCUUAUGAACGUUUUACCUCCCAUCUUUACCCCGAGCCUGUGUCUUUCACCCGGUAUCGUUUAGUGUUUGAUUUAAGCGUUUCUCCGCAACUUCGUCCCAUCAUGUCUCGCAAGUACCCGUACCCGUCUGACACUGACCUCAGACCUCAUCCUGGACCUUACAGCUCCUCAGACCUCCGUCACGCCUCACAGAACCGUGACAUUUACAGGCCGCCUCAGGAGUCCUUCUCCUCAUCCUACCAGUCAUCAUCUUCCUCCUCCUCCAGGAGCGCUCUCAGCAUCCUGAGCAGCUGCGGUCUGGAGCCCAGCGACCUGUCUCUGCUGGCUGAGCUGCCCGAGGACGUCCUCACUGUGGAGUCCCUGCCUCAUGUCCUCAAACAGAUCAAAGGAAAGAGAGAGACCGUCAAACCUUUCUCUCCCAACGCUCCGUCUCCGUCCUCCUCUUCCUCCUCUUAUCCUCCCAGCUCCUCCCGUCGACCCGCCGGCAGCUCCGGUGCCACAGACUGGGAUCAGCUCCACAGCCAGCCGGUCCAGUACCCGCUGGACCAUAUAACCACUGGUCCUCUUCCAUCUGAGCAGGUCCAGGACCGCUGGGGAAAUCCCAGAACCAGCCGCUCUGUCAGAGCAGAUCCACCAUCAUCAUCAUCAUCAUCUUCAUCAUCUUCAUCAUCUGCCUACAUGGUGGGCUUCCACCACAGAACAGGACCCUCUGAGUAUGGUAAGACAGGCAGAGCCACUGGUCCAGUUUCCUCUCAAGACCGAUCCUCUUUCAGGUCAACGGGACAAGGACAAAGAGCUUAUCCUCCCCAUUUCUCUGAGCCCGGAUCAGCUAGUUACAGGUCAGGUCCUCCUGACGAGUACCAAUCUAAACCUCGGGGGCGACGCCCCGAGUCCGAAAACUCUUCCAUCAGGAGCAACCAGCACGCCGCUGCAGCCGCCUCCAUACCCUCCAAGAGAGAAGCUCAGGACUUCCACGGGACGUGUCCACAGGUGUUCCCGUACUCGUGCUCUCUGUGUGAUAUCACUGUGCUGUCAGAGAGGGUUUGGGUUAAACACAUCAACGGCACUCAGCAUGCAGACGGACAGCUCAACCUGCUGCAGCGGUGUCCUAACUGGGACUGUCGUAUGGAGACGGUCAGCAGUGCCGACAACCAAUCAGAGAAGUGGAAGACUGAAGAAAAACCCACCCGGCUGCCACAGACAGCCAAUCAGAGCUCAAAGCCACAGCCGAAUAAACCGCCUCAGAGGAAGGCAUCAGAGAGAAGUAAAGUGGUGUGUGUGAAGUUUCCAGCUCAGUCUGUGGAUGAGACGUAUCUGAGGAAACUGACUGAACCGUUUGGAAAGAUCGUCAGGAUCCUCAUGUUUCCAUCUUUGGCGUUUGUGGAGCUGGGCUCCGUGGAUCAAGCAAAGGACUUGGUGAAGUUCCACGUUAACUAUCCUCCAACGGUGAACGGAGAGCAGAUCGAGUUCAGCAUCUCCAGCACCUUCAACUUCCUCCAGAGUUCUCGGGUGGUGAGCUUCACUCCGGCUCCAACAGGAGAAGACGGCCGAUCAGAUCUGAUCAGCAUCAUCAAACGCUUCGGCCCACCGCUCUACACCCUGUUCCUGCCGUCUAAAGCGUCUGUGGAGAUGAAAAACGCUCCUGACGCUCAGAAACUGGUCGAUUAUUAUUCCUCCAACACUCUGAGGAUCAACAACGACCUCAUCCAAGUUUCCUUCUCUGGAGAAUACAAGAGCCUGAUGCGGGUUUCAGCAGCCAAGAAGUUCGAAGAGGAAACGACCAAGAGGACGAGGAGUCAGAGCCGAGAGAGAGAGAAGACGACAGAGACCAAGAGGAGGAGAAGCAGCAGUAAAGAUGGAGCAGAGGAGAGGAAAGACGAGGGAGGGAAAUCCAGCAGAGAGAGGAGGACCAGGUCCAGAUCCAGAGAGAAAUCCAGCAGAGAGAGGAGGACCAGGUCCAGAGAGAAGUCCAGGUCUAGAGACAAAUCAAGCAGAGCGAGAACAAGGUCUAAGUCCCGGUCCAGAGACAAAUCCACAGAAAAGUCCAACACAGAGAGGAGGUCCAGGUCCAGGUCUAGAGAUAGACAGAAUGGGUCCACAGAAACAACGGUGGAACCAGAGGAACCAGAGAAACCUGACUCCACUGAGUCCAGGACUGAGGCUGAACCAGCUCCUCUCAGUGACUCCAAACCUGAAGCUGGAGAAACAGAACAGAGUGAAGCAGAAGCUGAGUCGUCUGCAGAGGAGAGCGACAUCGAGGGGAUGGAGGUGAUCGGAGAGGAUGGAGAGAAUCUGGAGGAUGAAGACAUGGAGACUCUGGAUGAUGCUGAUGUGGAGGAGGAGAGGAGGAGGAGCAAGCUGCUGAGGAGAACAGCUGUCCAGCAGAGGGAAGUGACUCACCUGGAGAAGAAAGAAAAAGAGGUGAAGGACGGAGAGACGGAGGAUCAGGAGACACCUGUGACUGAGCAGGAGGAGGAGGAGGAGGGGGAGAAAGUGAUGGAGGAGACACAGGAGAAGGACUCAAAACCCACCAGAGAAACUGAGGAGACAGCAGAGACUCAGCCAGAGGACGACGAGGAGGAAUCAGAUUUCCCAGUGGAUCUGGAGAACUGCAUCACUCUGGAUGAGCUGGAGGAAGACCAGUCUGAUGACCAAGAGCCCAGAGAAGAACCUGAGGCUCCGUCCACCAGAGUGGUUUACUUCAGUAACCUUCCCGAACGUUUCUACACCGACGCCGAGUUUGUCAAACUGGUCAAAGAUUAUGGGACGGCGGCGCGCUACUUCCUGCUCCGCCGACGGCAAGAGGGUUUCAUCGAGAUGUCGAGCUCUUCAGAGGCUCUGAGAGCUGCCAAAGAACUGUCCUGUAAAUCUGUCACCUUCCACGGCUCCAAACUCCUCGUCCACAUCUCCCACAAAUACACCAGACUCUCCAACGGGUACGAGGUUGAGCCGGACUCUGACCCAGACGAGGAGAGGCGCCGCAGUCGAAGCAGCAGCAGGAGGAGGAGCGAGAGACGAAGCAGAUCCAAAACCUCCGACAGAGAUGAGACCUCCAGGAAGUCUGAGGGGAGGAAAGAGUCUUCGAAGAGGACUCCAGAGAGAGGAUCAGGAUCCAAGACGUCUACAGAGAAGGAGUCAACUGAUGAAAAGUCUUCAGAUAACAUGUCAAUCUCCAGAAAGACGCCAGAGAAGGAGUCACACGACAAAAAGACUCGAGAGGAAGACGUCAAAAACACGUCAGAGAAGGAAUCAGUUCCCAGAAAGACUCCAGAGAAAGAGACAUCCAAUAAAAAGACUCCAGAAAAGGAAUUAAGUGCCAAAACCACAUCAGAGAAGUUGUCCACAGAUGAGGAAUCAGUGUCCAAAAAGACUGAAGAGAAGGACUCAGCUGCUAAAAAGACUCCAGAGAAGGAGCUGCUGCCAAAGACGAGUCCAGAAGACAAGAAUUUAAAAAACAAAGACGACACAGUGCCUGAAAAAACCCUGAAGGAAGAUGGAGAGAGAGAAAAGACUCCACAGACGGAGGAGGCUGCAGGAAAAGAAGAGUCGUCUGAACCAGCAGUGCAGGACUCAGAGAAGAGUCCAAAUCCUCCAAGACCACAAACUGAAGAGAAACCUGCUGGUGAUGAUGACGAUCGGCUGAAGGAUUCUGACGACGUGGUUAAACUGGAGCAAAAACCAGGACCUGAAGGGGGCGCUGCAGAGCCUGAGAAACCCACCAAACCUGUCGGAACAGAGUUUGUUCGGCCGGUCGUCGGUUAUUUCUGUAACCUGUGUCAGGUGAUCUACGCCGACGAGGACGAAGCCAAACUACAGCACUGCAGCAGCCUGACGCACUACAGGAAGUACCAGGAGAAGACGGGGAAAGAUCCGUGGACGAUGUGAACUCAGACUGAAGGUGAAUUCAUUUGUUUAUUAACAGUGAACAAAAAACCAGAGUAUCAAACUAUCAAAUGAUCUAAAACAACAUGAAUCGGUUUAAGGACUACAUUACCCAGCAGCCGUGAGCUGUAACAAUCAAACUGACAUCUGACUGGUUUGUUGUUUUUGGAAAGUUUAAACCCAGAUUCAGUAUAAACGAGUUCUUUGUGAAUAUUGUUAAAGCUGCUACUUUGUUAUUUUGAGGAUUGUUGCGAUUUUUUAAUGUCGAUUUGCUGGUUUACGUCUCUUGUUUUGUAGCUGUUGUCAUUUCAAUUUGUUCCCAGCUGGAGACACAGAGUCAGAAUGUAGCAGCAAAUAAAGAAGACACCUUCAAAAAACAUA